AUGGAAGCGGAUACGAGAGCUGUAUCUGUGAGCCGUAGAAGGUUACCUAAGAAAUCUACUGGGAGCUAUCUACCUUCGUUUGACUGGGAUAUCGACAAUGGAAAUCUAAUACGUACCCAAGCAUUCCAGGCGUGUAGAAAUAGCUUACAUGCUAGAGCACACGAAGUUAUGGCUAGAUUACUCGAAGGCGUUGCCGAUGACGCGUUUGAAGUACUCCAAAGUUCUCCAGAUAUUGAGAUAGUAGAUGAAAUUCCUACUUGCGUAUUAAUCUCACAUGAGCCAACAUCAAAUCUAGUCAUUCUUAAACGUCUCAAAGAUCUCACUGAUAGCGCAGACUUCAUCACCCUCGAGCUCGGCUGGCAGGAAUUUGGUAGUACUCCCAGCCUCCAGAAUGGUAUAAAAAGCAUUGUUGCAGGUAUUCUAGAUAAAUACGCCGAAGAAAGCAAUUUGAAAUCAUACAUAAAUCAUACACUAAAUAUUUCUGAUUUCAAUACAAUUUAUAGAUGGUACGAAGAUACCUUCUCCGACGAAAUUAAACCAAAGAUUGUUCUGACAUUACGCGAUUUCGAAGCCCUUCCUCCACCAUUAGUACAGGAUUUCAUCAGUUUACUGUCCUAUUAUCGUAAACUUAUACCAGUUCACCUCGUAAUUUGUGUAGACUCAUCACCAGCUGCCGUGUAUCGUUUGCUACCACGUUACACAAUCAUACAACUUGCAAUGUCUCAAGUGGCUGCACCAUCCGCCAACGAAACAUUCGAAGCAGUUAUAGGAGAGUUAUUCUUUUCGAUAUAUUAUGAUGCACCUUUUGCCUUAGACAGUACUGCUUAUGAUGUCUUAUUCGACACUUUCAACCAUUCACAAAACUCUUUCGAGCACCUUUUGCAUACAAUUGAUAUGCAACUUCUAGACCACUUCUUCCAACCACAUUCAAUAUUCUUCAAUACAGACGUACUUCAUUCGAACAUGAUAAAAGAUGACAAGGUUUGGCGUUAUGUGUUGUCACUAUCAUCAACAAUCAGUUAUCUUAGACAAGGACGGGAUGCAGUUGAUCAUAAUCUGUGCAAGGAGAUCCUAGCAGAAAAAGUAAACAGUAAAGGUCUUUUAAAGUCCCUUGUUAGACUGCGCAAGGCAUUUACAAAGAGUCUGGCAGAUGAAAAUGAUGCUUUCCAAGCGCUGAUAUUUCUCCGUUCGUUCAUUCACUCCGUUGUACCAGACAGCAAGGAAUUUAUACCCAACAAGCGAGCGCUUAUGCAAGGAAAAAUGCACGGCGAGUUGUCCAAACCUAUUUCGCGUGCAGUUCAAAAUAUAAGUUUGAUGUCGAAAACGCAAUUAUAUGAUUGGCUAGGAGGAUACCUUGCUACGUACCCUCAAGGUAACUCACAAAAGCUUGCCAAUAAGCAACUUGAAAAGUUUGAGGAGACUUUCGUUGAUAAUAAUGGUGAAGUCAAACUGAAAAAUAAAGAUCAUACAACGCGUGAUCCGAAAUUUGUUGAAUUCGCCGAGAAUUGUGCUAAUGAUUGGACAGAAUUCUUUACGAGUACUCUGAUUGAAGAGAAGGUGAUACCAUUUCAAGAGAUUUGGACAUUAUAUACCAGUGUUGAUCUGCAAAUGAUAGUUAAUCCAUCACCAAGGCACGCAAUAUUAACUGCAUUGCGUCACCCAGAGAAAUUAUUAAGUCAACAUUAUGAAGAUAUAUCAAACGAUGACGUCGUACCAAGUACAUUAACGCCUGAUAUUACAAUCGCAUUUAGGUGCUACACAGAGGGUGGAAAAUUGUUGAAUUUGAGUGACUGGUUUACAGCUUUCAAAGCUGUCUUAAAUGUAGAUGAGGAGAAAAAGUCAGAAAAGAGUAGCAAAAAGCGGAAGGGUGAAACAAUAGAUGAAGAUGAGAUGGAAGUCCAAAAGCAAGCUAGAUUCACUCAAGCUGUGAAUGAAUUGGACAGUAUUGGGUUCCUUAAGAAGGCUAGUGCAAGGAACCGGAAUAUAGUAGCUCGUACAGUAUUUUUGAAAUAA